CCGGGCUGCGCGGGGCGCUGGGCCUGCGGCGCGGGCGCGGCCGGACCUGGAGCACGCUGCUGCUAGCUUCCUUUGCGGCCCUGUUGCAUUGGAGCCACAUAACGCACCUCUUUGAAAAUGAUCGUCAUUUUUCUCACCUCUCAACAUUGGAAAGGGAGAUGGCUUUUCGCACUGAAAUGGGACUUUAUUAUUCUUACUUCAAGACUAUUGUGGAAGCACCCUCAUUUUUUAAUGGAGUAUGGAUGAUUAUGAAUGACAAACUGACAGAAUACCCUCUUGUUAUUAACACAUUAAAAAGGUUCAAUCUUUACCCUGAGGUGAUCUUGGCCAGUUGGUACCGCAUUUAUACCAAAAUAAUGGAUUUGAUUGGUAUUCAAACCAAGAUUUGCUGGACAGUUACCCGAGGAGAAGGACUCAGUCCCAUUGAAAGCUGUGAAGGACUGGGAGAUCCUGCUUGCUUUUAUGUUGCUGUAAUUUUUAUGUUAAAUGGACUAAUGAUGGCACUAUUCUUCAUAUAUGGCACAUAUUUAAGUGGCAGCCGAUUAGGAGGCCUGGUUACAGUGUUAUGCUUCUUUUUCAAUCACGGAGAGUGUACCCGUGUGAUGUGGACGCCACCCCUCCGGGAAAGCUUCUCAUAUCCAUUCCUUGUCCUCCAGAUGCUGCUUGUGACUCAUAUUCUCAGGGCUACAAAACUUCACAGGGGAAGCUUGAUUGCACUCUGCAUUUCCAAUAUCUUUUUCAUGCUUCCUUGGCAAUUUGCUCAGUUUGUGCUUCUUACUCAGAUUGCGUCAUUGUUUGCAGUGUAUGUUGUGGGAUACAUAGAUACAUGUAAAUUACGGAGGAUCAUUUAUAUACACAUGAUUUCUCUUUCACUUUGUUUUGUUUUUAUGUUUGGGAACUCGAUGUUAUUAACAUCUUACUAUGCUUCCUCUUUGGUAAUUAUUUGGGGUUUGCUGGCAAUGAAACCACAUUUUCUAAAACUCAAUCUGUCUGAACUCAGUUUAUGGGUUAUCCAAGGAUGUUUUUGGUUAUUUGGAACUGUUAUACUCAAGUAUUUGACUUCUAAGCUCUUCGGCAUUGCAGAUGAUGCUCAUAUUGGCAACUUAUUAACAUCAAAAUUCUUCAGUUACAAGGAUUUUGAUACUUUACUGUAUACUUGUGCAGCAGAGUUUGACUUUAUGGAAAAGGAGACACCAGUAAGGUACACGAAGACGCUGCUGCUCCCAGCUGUUCUUGCUGUGUUUGCUGCCAUUGUCAGAAAGAUUAUUAGUGAUAUAUGGAGUGUCAUAGCUAAACAACAGACACAUAUAAGAAAACACCAGUUGGACCAUGGAGAGCUGGUUUAUCAUGCACUGCAGCUGUUAGCGUACACAGCCCUUGGUGUUCUAAUUAUGAGACUGAAGCUCUUCCUGACACCACACAUGUGUGUUAUGGCUUCCUUGAUCUGCUCCAGACAGCUGUUUGGAUGGCUCUUUGGCAAAGUCCGUCCUGUUACUGUUGUUUUUGCCGUGUUAGCAGCAAUGUCAAUUCAAGGUUCAGCAAAUCUACAAACCCAGUGGAACAUUGUAGGGGAAUUCAGCAAUUUACCCCAGGAAGAACUUAUAGAAUGGAUCAAAUAUAGUACCAAACCAGAUGCAGUGUUUGCUGGUGCCAUGCCCACCAUGGCAAGUGUGAAGCUCUCCGCACUCCGGCCUGUUGUGAACCACCCACAUUAUGAAGAUGCUGGCCUGAGAGCCAGAACAAAAAUAGUAUAUUCAAUGUAUAGUCGAAAAGCAGCUGAAGAAGUGAAGAGAGAAUUGAUGAAGUUAAAAGUGAAUUACUACAUUCUAGAAGAGUCGUGGUGUAUAAGAAGAUCCAAGCCUGGCUGCAGUAUGCCUGAAAUCUGGGAUGUAGAAGAUCCGGCCAAUGCUGGGAAGACACCCCUGUGUAACCUCUUGGUGAAGGAUUCCAAGCCUCACUUCACCACUGUGUUCCAGAACAGUGUUUACAAAGUCCUAGAAGUUAUCAAAGAAUGACUGCACGUGAGCUGCUGCCUGCAGAGACCCUGCAGAUUAACCUCAUUGUGGAUUGUCCUUGAGACCUGAGUCCUCAGGGAUGGUUUCCGGUGCCCACUCCUGGCAGCCACGGAAGAGCUGUUCUCUUUCCGCCUUCUUACCAGAGCCCAAGGACAAGCCUUGUCUGGGGAUGCACUAGCUUGCUCCCAUUGGUCAGCUACAAAGACAGCACAUGCCACUGAGGCAUGUGGCUUCAGAGAUGGCACUGCCCCCAGAGCCAGCCUCACCUCCCGGGCUCUGCCUCCUGUUUCCCCAGUGUUCUGCAGCCCUGUGACCAUGCUUUCUCAUUUGCUGCUUGACUGUUUUGUUCCUUAAACUGUUAGCAACUUCAGAAAGCAGGGAAGCAACUGGAGAGUGUGGAUUGGGAGUAGCAUUUGAGUGAUCUUGCAGUAAUCCAGAAAAAUGGAAAGAGGGCCUUGAGGUCAGGGAGAAAGAGGAUGGGUGUGGGUGUGGGAUGGGAGGUGUGCCUGCCUUAUCUGCGGUCCUUCCCUACCCCACUAUGGGUGGAUCCAGCUGUUAAGUUUUUUUUUAUCCUAUUUUAAAAGUUAUUUUCUAUUCUCACCCUCCAACAGUUUCCUUCAUAAGUUCACAUGUAAUGAUUGGAAAUUCUGUACAGAAAAACAGAACAUUAAAAUACUGUCCGAACUGUUUCACUACCUGGGAAACAUUAAAGUAGUCUAAAUUAGUUUUUUUGCAGAAUCCUUUUGUAACUGUGUUUCUUACUUUUACUCACCAGCAAGCUCUGCUUGUAUUUUAAGCAAGUCAGCUUGGAACAGAGGCCUUGGGGGUCCACUGCGUAUUCAGCCUGGAGCACUUCUAGCAGCCGCCAGUGCUCUGCAGUAUGAAUGCUUUUAUGGCAAUGUAGAGUAGUAAUAGAUUCUGUGUACCUGACAAUGCAGUAUUAAAGCUCAGUAUUUUAUGUAUUUUUAGCAUUUAAAGAUAUUUUUGCUUUAAUGUGAGGAAAGCCAGGAAGGACAGAAGGUGAUUGGAGUAGCUGUUAGUGUGACAUCUAAAACAAAGCCCAGGCAGUGUUUCCAGAAAAGAUAGCCUCUAACACUGCUUGGCAGAAAAUGUGUGCUGUUAAAGUAGGCCAGUGAUGUUUAAAAAAAAAAAAAAAAUGAAAGGAUGUGUCCAAAAUAAAGCACUAUUGCAUAGGAGUAUUGUAUUUUUAUGACUUUUUUGACCUUUGUUUACAUGUACUAUAUAUGUUAAAUAAAAAAAAAAUACCAUGAAA